AUUUUGUGUCUCUCUCUUACUUGUUAUGAUUAGCGUAAACAAGACUGAAAGAGGAAAAAUCUGCUUUUGAUUGUAACGAAUGUUAACGAAUUGUGGUUAUUUUACUAAAUUUUUUAUAUAUUUUUACGAGACUAUUGUGCAAUUUAAACGAAUAUAUGAUAAGUUAUAAGUUUUUCGUGGGUUAUAUUUUAAAUACUCCCUUUCUAAAUGCAAUUUCCUAUGAAAAGAGAUGUUAUGGAGAACGACAAAAAUAAUCAGUCAAGUGUGGAGGAAGACAAAACGAAAUCAUAUCUUCAAUUCCAAAAGGAAAGGCUAAAGGCGUUGCAAGCAAAGCUUUCAACUGAGGCCGAAGAAGAUUACGUCAUCGUUAAAGAAGAACGUAGCGGCUAUGAGUCAGACACGAGCGAGUACUCUGAGGACUCGACGGCGUACGACGAUGCGCCGGCUACAACCAAAGGCACUGGGCAGAGGAAGAAUAUCAACAGAGGUCGAUGGACCAAGGAGGAGGAUAAAAGGCUCAAAACAUAUGUAAAGAUGUACAGUGAGAAUUGGGAGCUCAUUGCUGCCCAGUUCCCUGACCGCUCCGACGUGCAAUGCCAGCAGAGGUGGACGAAAGUCGUCAAUCCAGAACUAGUCAAGGGGCCAUGGACCAAGGAGGAAGACGAAAAAGUCAUGGAACUCGUCGCCAAAUACGGACCGAAGAAAUGGACGCUUAUAGCACGGCAUUUAAAAGGAAGGAUAGGAAAACAAUGCAGAGAACGCUGGCACAAUCACCUAAACCCAUCAAUAAAGAAAACUGCAUGGACAGAUCAUGAAGACAGAGUUAUAUAUCAAGCGCACAAACAACUCGGCAAUCAGUGGGCUAAGAUCGCUAAGUUACUGCCGGGCAGGACAGACAACGCGAUAAAGAACCACUGGAAUUCAACAAUGAGAAGGAAGUAUGAGCCGGACAUAUUGGACAGCUUCGAGAACAUUCGGCGUAAGCAAGCGCGGGUAAAGAGCCGCGCCAGUGACACUAGCGCUGACACCUCCUCUGUACAAAUUGUAUAUAACGAUAGUUGGACGGACCCAUUCAAUGAAUCAAUACAAAGUAAUACAUCAUCGAGUGCUCCGUCUAAGCAGGUGCAGCAUUUCAGACAACUGCUGAAGGAGCAGCUCAGCAGUUUGCAGAAGACGCACAAGUCUCCUGACAGGGGGAACCUGGUGGCUGUUGAUACUGUAGAGAUUGUUGAGUCACCUUUCAAAUAUGUAAAUAUCGGUUCACUACCAGACUCACCGAUCAAGAACUAUCUAUCACAAACCACGACUACAGAUAAUCAAACUAUGAAUAAUGCAAGUUCAACAAGCUACGCGCUGCAGACGGAGACGAACAAGGAGAUAGUGGUACCAUCAGUGUACAUAUCUCCCAAGAAGAGCAUGGAGUCGAUCAGUCCGCCGCCCAUACUGCGCCGAGCCAAGGGGAAGAAACCUCUGCCCGCGCACACCUCCAAUACGUGGUCAGAAGCGAUCGCCAAAGCACUAGAGCCGAAGGAUUCAGGCGCGACUCCGAUCAAAGCGCUGCCAUUCAGCCCCUCGCAGUUCCUCAACUCUCCAGCUGCAGUCUCCUUCUCACACUUCGAUUCUACACCACUGAGGACAUAUGGAAAGGAAUGGAGCGCAAGUCCUUUACUACAAACGCCGACGCCGGCCAACAUCACUCCUGGCGGCAGUCAGCUCAGGAAUAUGACACCCAAAACCCCGACUCCCUUCAAGUUGGCGAUGGCUGAGCUGGGCAAGAAGUCAGGUCUGAAGUACGAGCCGUCCAGCCCCGGGCUGCUGGUGGAGGACAUCACCGAGAUGAUACAGCGCGAGGAGAAUUCCGACACCACCCUGCAUCUCAAUGACUCCAUGUUGUCUGCAACCACUGAAGAAGCACAGCAGGUGAACGACUCGGGUAUCGGUAGCGGUGGCGGCAGUCGCGGCAAGGAGAACAUGCCGUCGCGCGGACGUGCCCGCAAGGCGCUCGCCGCAGCGUGGGGCGCGCUCACCAGCACGCCGCACUCCGCCGCGCCGCUCCCCACCGUGCCCGACCUCUCCUACAUCGUUGAGACACCGAGUAAAACGUUAGCGGGAGAUAGUUCCGUUCUGUUCUCGCCGCCAUCAAUAGUAAAGAAUUCUUUACAAGAAGAAUCGACAAGUCUGCACAGUUUGAUGAGCACUGAGAACACACCGGAAAAUAUUAAAUACGAAGAUAUGGACAUUGAAUCUGUCAUCACAGAAAAAACUAAGAUACGUCGCGUAUCUGAUGAGCCGAUCGUAGUCAAGAAGUCAGCAGUAAGAUCUAUCAAGUUCGAUCAGGCACCAGCGGAGACUGCAACGGAUGAUAAACCUAUGUUAUUACUGAAUGAUAACAAAUGGGAGAUAUACGCGUGUGGCAAGACUCAAGACCAGUUGGAUCUAACAGUUUUAGCUCAUCAGUACCUAAGGAAUACAGCCUUAAAACCUCGAUCUUUGAACUUUUAGAGUUUUAUACAUAUAUAGAAAUACUCAACCCGGUUUCUGAAAGUUUUAUCAAACUUGUAUCCAGAAAAAAUCCUUCUAAAUUUAAUUCUUAAAAUCAUUAAUUGUAAAAGUGCGUUUCCACUACUGUUUUCUCUAUUCUUUCGAAAAGAACGUUUGAAAUAAUAAUAUGCAUCACUGCAGUGGAAACCGAUAUUAAACAUGGGUUCAAGAAACUCAAACUUUUUUAAAGAAUGAUUAAUUAUAAUUUAAAAUUGUUAGACAUUUCAGAAACCGGGUAUAAGUUAGUGAUAGAUAACACAGUGUGAUUUUAGUUUUAAGAACACUUUAGUUUUAGUAGUAUUUAGUAGUUUAUGUCUUAGUUCGUUUAUUUUACUGUAAAAAUUAUGGUUAUUAUAGAAAUUGAAAGAAUUUUCAUAUCAUGGUGUAUUUUUUAAACAUUCUGAGCUCUCAAAAAUGUUCUUUUUAUUAUAAUUAUCUUGGAAUUUUUAAACAGCUAAAAACGGUCAUUAUGUUAAAUGACCUAAAUGUUGCCAUAUUUAGAAUGUUUAUUAUCUGUAGAAAAAUUGCUAAUGUCUUUUGUUUUAUAAUGUUGCCAGCAAUAAUAUUUUGUAAGGUAAUUUUAAUUUAGAAUUGAUUUUAGUGGUGUUUUGUGUUAUGAAUAUUUAUUUCUUCGUAUGAUUAAGUUUUAUCUUUUGAUUUUAUAUUUAAGUAUAUUUGUAGAACGUCACCAUUAGUCCAUAGAUUAAAAUAUCUAUGGUUUGUGUCUAUGUCUAUGGUCAAAAUAAACUUUUAUUCAAUAACCAUAAACAAAUUAUUGUUUCUAGUGCUGUAAUAAAGAUACUUUUUCAGAUUAGUUUACAGUUUUAUCUUUUAGAUAUAAUUUCUUAGAAUCUUAAUAAAAGGAGAGAUAUUUUUAUGUCCAACAAAAAUAAAUCAUGAACAAGUUAAUUAAUAUUUUUGUCAACUACAAUAUUUUUCUACUUGAAUGUCAUUAAAAGAAUAUGACUUUAGUCUAAAAUUUAAUAAAAGUUUUUAAAUAAGUAAAAUUAUAAUGAUAACUGUACAUAAUUGCUUUUAUUUGAAAUAUAUUUUUUAUUCGCAGCGAAGUCAAAGGGUUUAUCACGAAUAUUUACGUGACAGUUGCGAGAUUCGUAACGUCAUCGACAAUGUCAAAAUUUGUAUAAGAUUUAUUAGUGUAUUUUACGAAACGGUUUUGUCGUAUACGAAUAAUUUCUCACGAAUAUUCAUGCUAGGCUCUUAAGUCGACUAAGUUAUUGUGCUCGGGUAGCAUUUUUUUAUCAGUGACAAAAAACAUUCUUUUUUUUUUAUUUUAUUCGUGUUAAAUAGUUUGUAGAGAUAUUUUUUAACUUGUGAGAACAGCAUGCGUUGUGUAAAUAUUUAGUUUUUAAGGGUUUUUAAAGAGGAAUAAAGAUUUUGGGCAAUGCA